AUGAGGACGGCUGGGAGGCCACCGCCACUGUCCCCACUGUCGCCGCUGCCAGCCCGGACGGUGAGCGCCGCCCCCCAUGCCACCACAGCGCGCAGCCCGGAUCUCUUCGAGCGCCUGCAGCACGCCGUGAGCUCCCUGGAGCGCGCCGCCUUCUGCCGCCGCCGGCAGCCCCCGGCGUGGCCGCCGCCCGCCCCGGCCUGGCACCGGGCGCUCCAGGUGAGCCUCGCCACGCCCGCGGUGCCCUCGGCGGCACGGCGGGUGGCGGCGGCGGCGGCGAGGAACGCGAGCCUGCGGACAGCCCUGGGCCAGCGGGACGAGGAGCUGGGCCAGGCCACGACCGCCCUGCGGGCGCUGCGGGGCGAGCGGGAGCGCCUGCAGGGCCAGGUGCGAGACCUGCGGGAGGCUCUGGCCAGGCUGGAGGAGCCGGGAGGGUCUGGCAGUGACACCCCUGGCGUCGGUGACAUCCCCGGGACCGGUGACACCCCCGGGACAGGCGACGCCUCUGGGACUGGCGACGCCCCCAGAGUCGGUGACACUCCCGGGGUCGAUGACACCCCCGGGCCCAGCAGCCCCCCGGGGCACCGGCCCCACGGCCCGCUGUCCCCCCAGCCCUCGGCGGGGCCGGGCCGGGAGCAGGAGGAGCGGCUGCCGCAGCUGCAGGGGAUGCUGGCGCGGCUGCAGGAGGUGAACCGGGAGCUGCUGGCGGCGCUGGGCGAGUGCAAGGGCGAGGCGGAGCGGCUGAGCAUGGAGCUGGGGCGGCGGGAGGCGCGCUGCAGCGGGCUGCGGCUGGCACUGAGCUGCAGGUGGGACAGGGGACACGGGAUGGGGACACAGGAUGGGGACCGAGCGCUGUGGGGGCGCCUACGUCGCCCUCCUGGACCUGUUGCGGGCAAAGGUGGCACCGGAGGGUGGCACCCGUGGGGGGGGGACGCUGGUGUGGUGGGGAGAAUACUGGGAAGAUUCUGGGAAGUUAUCUGGGAGGAUACUGGGGGGAUACUGGGAAUACUGGGAGGAUACUGGGGAGCAAUCAGGGAGGAUGCCAAUGGGAUGUGUAAGGCCCACGUGUGGCAGUGGGGGAUGCACGAGGGAUACCGGGAGGUACUGGAAGGACUUCGGGGGGAUGCAGGGAGCUUGUGGGGCAUCCCAAUGCCCCCCACACCACCUUGCGGGCACCCCUGGGCAGCGGCACUGCCCGCAACGUGCCCAGGAACCGCGGCGGAACCGAGCCCGGGCCACGAACCGGGACCUGGCCCCGCCACACCGGAACAGAGCCUGGACUGCGCACCCGGACCUGGCCUCGCCACACCGGAGCCCUCGGGGCCAGCGGAGCCAGACAGCCGUGAGCACCCCGCGGACAGCCCCGGGGCUCACAGGCCCCGGGGGAUGGAGGAGGGAGCGCUGCGGGAGCUCAUCCGGCGGCUCCGCGCCGAGCAGGCGGCGGUGGAGGGGUCCCUGCUGGACGCCGCCGAGCCCUCGGAGCCUCCCCCGGAGCGCGACCCCCGGGGCCGGGCGGAGCGGGCGCUGCGGGAAGCGCGGGCGCUGCUGCCCGGCUGGAGGCGGCCGGAGAAGGAGGAGCUGCUGCAGGAGCUGGCGGUGCUCAAGGAGGCGCUGGCGGAGCUGCGGACGCGGCUGCAGCUGGCUCAGAAGGAGAAGCGAGCCCUGGAGCUGCUGCUGGCCGCGCACGGGCCCCGCGAGGCCGCGCUGCGCCUCCUGCUGCGGGAACGGGAGCGGCACCGGGAGCGGCACCGGGAAUGGGACCGGGAGCGGGACGGGCGGGACGGAGCCUCCGGCAGCAGCUCCGGCAGCAGCUCCGGCAGCAGCUCCGAGGAGGAGGCGCGGAUGGGGCGGGGGGCAACGAUGGCCCCGGGAAACCCCCCGGACCCCGAGAGAACGAGGGAGGAACUGCUCCGGAUUCGGGCCAGGACGGAGCAGCUGCGUGGCCGUGCCCAGGAGCUGGCGCUGGCCCUGGAGCGGGGCAGCGCUGCCAGCCGUGCCCAGCAGGGACACAGUGCCACCGUCACCCUGGAGCUCCUCCAGGCGCACAGGUCAGCACGGGCCGGGGUCCCUUGGGUGUCCCUGGGUCCUCCGGGUGUCCUGGGUCCCCUCGGUUCCCUCAGUCUCCCUGACUCCCUGGAAGCCCUGACUCCCCUCAUCCCCCUGACUUCUCGCUGGCCCUGGCGUACCGCGGGGCGCGGCGCAAGCAGGCGGAGCAGCUGCGGCGGCUGCAGGCGCGGGCGGCGGCGCUGCAGGGCCAGCACGGCCGCAGGGAGCGAGCCCUGGCCCGGACACUGCGGGAGCUGCAGCGAGGAGGAAUCCCAGCACCCACCGGGAGACGGGUCCGACUGGAUUGACCGCAUUGCAGCCGCAUUUAUGGGGCCGCAGGACCUUUGGGGCCACGGGGACUUUAUGGGGCUGCAGGGAACUUUGGGGCCAUGGGGAGUUUAUAGAGCGCUCCCGGUGCCGGCCGAGCCCCGGGCGUGCCCGAACGGCCGCGGGGGCCCGGGAGGGGCCCCGGCCGCCGCCUCCGGCGCCGAACCGCGCUCUCCAUCCCCGCUCCCCUCGCUCCCGCCGGCCCCGCUGGCCGUUCCCGACCCGCGGGGCGCGGGGGGCGGGGAGCGGCCCCGCCGGUGCCGCGGAGCGCAGGAGCCACCGGGGGCGGGAGCGGCCCCGCAUGCGGCCGGUGCCCGCGGGGGGAUGCGCCGCGCCCCGGCCCCGCCGCCGCCGCCGCCGCCGCAAACUUUCCGCGGGGCCGUGAACCGGCAGGAGGAGGAGGAGGAGGAGGAGAGCGACAAAUCCCUGAGGGGGCGACCCCAAAAAAAUCCCUAA